AUGUGGAGAGUGGAUUUACUGAACACCCGACGGAUUGAACGUAUUGUAGUUUACUCUAGAACGGAUAACCUAGAAUGGGAUUCAACCAACGAAUUUACAAAAAAAUUGCGCGGAUUUUCUAUUGUUGUAUCCAACACCACCGAUCCCUGGGAUGGUGUCGUUUGUUAUCACAACACAAAUACCACCACAGAGACCAUUCCUGCUGUGGUGGAUAUACCGUGCUCUGUUGUUGGACGUUACGUUAUAUACUACAAUGAACGACUAACAGGAAUCACUUACUCCAACAAUCACAGUCAAUUUGCAUUUGCUGAUUUAUGUGAAGUGGAGGUUCUUGGCUGUCCAAUUCCUAUUUAUGGACAUGAGGACUCUUCUUGCACAGUUCCUUGUUUAAAGAUGUGCAAAAAUUGUACGUAUUACGUAGAUUUCCGUCCGUUCAUCUAACGUUAUC